CACGUUUAUUUUCGUUGCUAUCAGCAACUAACAUUGUAGGUUAGAACUUAGAAGUUCAAGUUUAAGUGUACAGAAAUACAUUUCGUAAGGCACAGUUGAAAGGUUAUUAUUUUUUUACACAAUGUCCAAAAAGAUUCAAACCAAAAAAUGGGACUUAGUACCAUUAGAUGGGUUCCCUAUCACAAUGAUGGACAAGGGGUUUGUUGGACUUGAAGAAUGUACAGACUACGGCCUGGAUAAACAAAACAGAAGGUCUAAAAAGAAUAAACAACCAAAAAAGAGGAAGCCGACAGAGAACAAAGUAAAAGAUAAAGGUGUAGAAGUUCCUCAGAAGAAAAUUAAACUUAGCAACGGUUUUAUAGUUGAAACAUGUAAAAAAGUCACACCAUCAAAAGCAAAUGAUGUCCAAGAAAACAAUGAACAGGCAAAACAGAGAACCAAAAAGGUUAAGGUAGCACAAGUAAAGGCCAAUAAAGUUAAGAAACCGAAACUCGGUGAAAAUAUAGCUAAAGUUACAAAUCUGACUAAAGAAGACAUGUUGUCCUGGGCGGAGUUUAAACUGCCAGAGGAGAUUGUUAGAGCACUUAUGGAGCAGGGAUUUAAAAAUCCGACAAAAAUACAACAGUUGGUACUCCCUGCUGCGAUUCACGGUAGAAGAGAUAUCCUCGGAGCUGCUGAAACGGGCAGUGGUAAAACAUUAGCCUUCGGACUUCCAAUUUUAACUGGCAUAAUGAAACUGAAAGAGAAAGCUGAGCAGAAAGGACUAGAUGUGUAUGAUAUACCUUUUAAGAAAACGUCAGUUAAAAAGAGGAAAGAUGUCGAAAAUAAAAAAGAAAAGAUUAAUGGUAAAGAUAGAAGGAAUAAUCAUAAAAAUAAUGAAAAGAAAGUAGAGAGUGAGAAUGUAAAGGAGUCGUCGGAGGAUGGUUAUAGUAGUGGCGAUGGAAAUGAAUCAUUGAGUGGAGGUGAUGUUGAUGAAGAAAAUAAUGAUAGUGACUUCAUAGAAGAAAUAGAAGUUCCCUUGAGGAAAUCAAAGGAAUCAGAGGAAGAUGAUUUAAGUGAUGAAGAUUAUGUACAUUUGUCUGAUAUGUUGGAGUCUGAUGAUUUAGAGAGCGAUGAAAAUGAUGAAGAUGAGGUUAGUGAUGGCGAAGAUUACGAUGAAAAUGAUGAUGAUGAAGAUGAUGAACAAAAUAACGAUGUAAGUGACGAUGAAGAGAACAGUGGCAUUGAUGAAGUAGACAUUGCAAAUGGAGGUAGAGGCUGCGUGAAGGUGAUAGAAGAUGUGUCAUUGCCGGAACAAGUUAUGAUGAAGACUGGCAAACCUUUGUAUGCUCUGAUAUUAACACCAACCAGAGAAUUGGCCAUACAGAUCAGUAGACAUCUCAUAGCUGCUGCUAAGUAUACAGGCAUAAAGAUAGCGACGGUGGUGGGUGGCAUGGCGGCCGUUAAGCAGGAGCGUGUGCUGUCAUCAGGUCCGGAGGUGGUGGUGGCGACUCCUGGCCGGUUGUGGCAACUGUUGACCGAGGGUCAGAGCCAUCUCAUGCAGAUACCUUCCGUCAAGUUUCUGGCCAUCGAUGAAACUGAUCGUAUGAUAGAACGCGGUCACUUUGAAGAACUGCAGCCCUUAUUGGAGAGGCUCAACUCAGAGGAAACUCACAAAAACUCAAGACAGAACUUCGUUUUCUCAGCCACACUCACAAUGGCCCACGACUUACCCUCGCAUAUGAAGGGCAAAAAGGUAACAAAGAGAGGGAAAGUGCUGAAUAGAAAAAUUGACAAAAUGACACCGCAGCAGAAGAUAAAGAGAUUGGUUGAUAUGAUAGGGAUGUCGGACCCCAAGGUCGUUGAUAUCACCACACAGAACUUGGGUGCCGCGGAUACGUUGACCGAAUGCCGCAUAACGUGCUCGCUAGACCAGAAGGACGUGUUCUUGUACUAUAUACUGAAGAGACAUCCGGGGAGGACUAUCGUUUUCUGUAAUUCAAUCAGCAGCGUAAAAAGGCUGGCCCAAAUACUAGCGUUGGUGAAGUGUAACCCCCUUCCGCUGCACGCGAGCAUGCCACAACGACAACGUUUGAAGAAUUUAGAAAGAUUCCGUGACGAUGUCCACGGCGUGUUGGUGUCUACUGACGUAGCUGCCCGCGGGUUGGACAUACCUGAUGUAGACCACGUGAUACAUUACCAGGUCCCGAGGACGGCUGAGAACUACAUACACCGCAGUGGAAGAACAGCCCGCGCUUCCAAGGAAGGCCUGACGAUACUCAUGAUGGAACCCGCCGAGGCCUACACUUACUCUAAGUUAUGCCGGACCCUCAAUAAGACAUCCGAGCUGCCAACAUUCCCUGUACCGAGCUAUCAAAUAUCACCAAUACGAGAUAUCAUCAAUUUAGCCAGGGAACUGGACUCUCUUACUACAAAGAAGAAGAGAUUGACUCACGAGCAGAGUUGGAGAGACAGGGCAGAGAAGGAAAUGGACUUGAUAAUAGACGAUGAUGACGUUCCGGAGUUUAAAUCCGACCCGUCAAUUGACAAAGCUCUUAAAACUAAGAGGAAACAGCUGGAAUCGAUACUGGCAAGACCGCUGUUCCCAAAAGGGUUUUCAUACAAGUACCCCACUCUAAACGAUCCAAACGCAUUACAGGUCACGUCUGAUGAAAAGGCUUUGGAGGUUAUGAAAAAGGCAAUACAGAGCGGCGAACUCAAAAGGGAAAAGCGGAAAGGGAAAAACGCGCCAUUACUGAAAUUAGAGAAGCUUUUUAGAAAUAAAUAAUUUUAUUUUGUCUUUCAAA